GCCCAGCUCCACGGGGCGUUAAUGUGGAAGGGAGCGAGGCGUGGCGUGGAGGCUCCGCCAGCUACGGUCCAUCUUGGCAGGGAGAGUGACAGGGUGUGGGUGUCCUGUCAUCAGAUCGGCGCACCAGCGACCCCGCCCAUUACAUCAGCAGGCAUCACAUCACUCGGGGAGCAGCGAAGGCGAGGCCCACCGGCCCCGGCACACCCCGCAGCCAGCGGCCAGAGCCUUUGCCUCUCCUCUUCCUGGCCGUUGGGAUGCUCUGGGGAUUGUCAUUCCCACAGCCGCUGCGUCUCAGGCACCACCGAGGUGCACAAAGUAACGUCCCCCUUCUGUAGCCUCGUCUACAACCGGAGAAGAACCCAUCUGGAAACAAAAACUCUUUUGCAAGAUUUCAUCUGGAAUCACAUGCUCUGGAUGAAGCUGGUUCCAACACAGAGAAUGAAUCCAAGAGUCACCAAUCUCCCAGCUUCUGGCCCUAACCUAAGAGGAGCAGGCAAGCGACGGCAGAAAUGUGGUUCAUAUCCGAGAAUCUUCUUCCAGCCAAAUGCAAUUUACAGCUGAGUGUUUGGCUCAUCUGUCACAUGAGAGUUAUACAACCUCAUCACUUACCCUGAGAAUAAAUACACACUCCUCAUUCAAGUAAAUGAGGUUGUUUCAGAAAUAAAUUGGCUCCACCACCAGAACUUGCCUUUUGCAAAGAAAAUAAAUG